UUGAAUGCAGAAUCGAUUUUAUCAGUGUUUCAAACGCAAAAUGCGGCUAAACACAGCAAAUCGCGUUUAUAAGCGUUUGCAUUUUACAUUUUGUUUUACUCUUCCAGUUCCCAGUGCUGUCCAGAGCCUUUUUUUCAUCAUGAAAAAUGCAUGCAAAGAGUUUUCAAGGUGCUCAGAUGGACAAAACACUGAACACAGGAUGUUCCUACCAAGCUUGUCACACAUUGUAAUGACCAAAAGAUAUCAGACACCUUCCCACCCUUGGAAACAAAAGAAAUGUUAAUGAGCAACUCACACCUAAUUAUCUCA